AUAGGCUAUAUGAAAUUCUAUGAAAAAAAAAAUCUUGUCCGGAGACCAGUCCAUAUCAGGGUACUGGUAUGCAGCGUUUUCAAUCAUGUUGGAGUUGGAUUUGACUGGAAAAACCAGUGGAAGAAUAUGGUCCCGUAAACCAAAUCCAUAUGCAAAUAACGGAGUUAUUUGCAGCAUUUCUCAUUCUGGGAUUGGAGUGAAGUCUGGUAAACGUUAUCGAAUUUUAAAGUCAUCCUUCGUCGCUGGACACGAAAGAUUGAUUGUCGGAGAUCAUCUUGGAAUUGUGUACUUGUUUGACCUCGUAGAAAAUCGAUUUUCUAUUAUACAAAACACUGGUCAAGCUUGUACCUGCAUUGCCACUGGUCUGCAGAAUCAAUCAGAAUACCUAAUUGCAUUGUCAGAUACUUCACUAAAAUGCUGUUCUACCGAGACUAAAGAGCUUAUAAGUUGGAUGAGAGGACAUGAUACCGCAGUUCAUACUAUUUCUAUUAACGACGAUGGCAAUGUUGCUAUAACUACAUCACAAGAUACUGCUCAACUUUGGGAUAUUGAAACAUUUGAGCGGAAAAGAAAACUAAAUGUCAUGACUUCGGUUGGAAUUCGAAAAGUAUUUUUUAUACCACAAACGAACUUGAUUAUGACCUGUUUCAGAGACAACACGAUUUUUGCAUGGGACGCGGAAACAUUAGAAUGGAAAUAUCAGUUGAAAUGCAAUUCUCAAGCUGAUCCCAUUGACUACCGAUCUUACGCUGUUACAAGGAACGGAAAAACUCUUGUAGCAGCUGGUAAAUCAAAUCUACUUCAUGUGUACUCUCUUGAAACAUUAAGAAUAAUUCGUAUUGUGCAGAUGCCACCCCAUGUAACUUCUGUUAAAGAUAUUUUGUUUUUACCAGAUAAAUUUGACAAUGGUGCGAAUAAAAUUUUGGGAGUUAUAAGCCAAGAUGGUAUUGUACAGUUCAUUGAUUUGGAGACUUGUCGUCUCGUUUUUGAAAUUGUAUCACCAAGAGAUGACGAUAGAAUCAUGAGCAUAUCCAUCAGUUCUGUAGGUGAACACAUUGCUGCUAUAACCCUUGGUGGAUCACUCGUUUUCUAUGAUGUGUCGUCACUUUGUGCUGAUUUGAAUAAACCCCCUGGUCCUCUCGUUAAAGUUGUUGGCGACAUAUGGAAGCACAAAGUUUCUGUCAACACUGGGACUUCAUUAGAUGUGUCUAAAUUUCCUGACAGCACAAUGCAGCAAACUGCGAGAAGACCAUUAAACAACAAUGUAACGACAGGUAGAAUACGAUACAAUAAAUUUGUUGAAGAUGAAACCGUUCGUACAGAAGAUGAUCUACCAAACGGUUUGUCGAAAUCUAGACUUUUAAAAGUAUUAAAAGGUCAUGGUGAAUAUCCAGAGCAGUACAGGAUGUUUAUUUGGAGAAGUAUGUUGCAAUUACCAGAAAACACAUCUGCAUUUUCAGCUUUGGUCAAAAAAGGAACACAUCUGUCUUAUGCAGCAUUACAAGAUCAAUAUCCCAUUAAAAGUGGAAGACUUCAGAGAAUAUUACAGAAGAUUCUGUCAGCUCUCGCUCAUUGGUCUGUUAUAUUUGCGGAAUUAGACAGCCUACCAUCAACUGUGUUUCCUUUUGUAAAACUUUUUCAAAAUAAUCACUUGAUUUGCUUUGAGAUGGUUGCCACAUUUUUGAUCAACUGGUGUCAACAUUGGUUCGAAUUCUUUCCUAAUCCUCCACUUGGUAUUCUCAGUGCUGUUGAAAAUGUUCUAGCACAUCAUGAUAAAAAGUUACUUCAUCAUUUUAUUAAAUUCAAAGUUACAACUCAGCAUUAUGCUUGGCCUCUGCUUCAAACGCUUUUUACCGAAGUAUUUACAAGGGCGGAAUGGUUGAAAUUUUUUGAUCACAUACUUUCAAAUGACCCCUCGUUUAUUCUUUAUGGUGUUGUUGCUUAUUGUACUUCAUGCAGAGCGGCUUUGCUACGAACUGAUAAUGGUGAUGACAUCAAGUUUUUCUUUCAUAACAGAAAUUCAUUGGAUCUCAAUGCUGUCAUACGUGAAACAUAUCAUCUCAUGGAAUCCACACCGAAGGAUAUUGAAAUUCAGUCACUUAUUGAGCCGUUUAAACCUCUACCGAAUGGAACGGCAUAUCCUGUCUUCAACAAAUAUCCCAAAUUUAUUGUUGAUUACCAAGCUCGUGAACGUGAAAGAAUAAAGAAAGAUGAAAUUGAGUAUUUAAGAGAGAGAAAGGUAGCUGAGGAACUCGCUCAGGAGAUAUCUAAUAGGAAGUUAGAAGAUGAAGCUUGGUAUCAGAAACAAGAAAUGCUCUCAGAAGCUGAGGAAAAAAGAAGAAAGAUUCUCAUGGAUGAAGAUCAAAAACUUGGAUCACAGAGAAUGCGUCUUGCUGCUAUGAAACGGGAACUGAGAGUUCGUGAACUUCAACUUCUGGAUGCCGCAAGAUUGAGAUUUGUGCAACAUCAGCAAAUGAAAAAGGAAACCGAUAUACAACGAUUAGAAGAUGAAAUACAAAGAACUGCUCGCCUUAGAGAACAAGAGACUGCAGCAGCAAUAGAAGAUGUUGAGAUUGAAGGUCUGGAACUAGAAGGACAGAGAAUAAAACUUGAGCAACAAAUGGCUCAACAUGAAGCUGAUCUCACUCACAAAAACCAAGACAAAGUUCAGGAAUAUCGCCAUCAACAAAAUUCGGAAGCACAUACUUUUAGCCGACUUCAACAAAAACAGACGGAUGCUGAAUUAAAAUCAGUUCGAAAAUGGGAAGAGAGAAUCGCCAAGAAAGAGCUUCAGAGGGAUGCCACCAAACAUCAAGCAGAAGUCAUUCAGCAGCAUAUACUUGAUACAAAACAAAGAGAACGUGAUCUAGAAAGAGUCUUAGGAGGGAAUGCAGAACAUAGAAAACAACAUGGUUUCAUUAAUGAAAAACUACGUGAAUUGUUGGAUGCCAAAGACAGUGAGCUUCAUAAAGCGAGAGAAGAACUUGUCACACUAGAAAAAGAACUUCUCGAUGCAAAAGAAGAGAGAAUACAAGCAAUAGGUCGCGAAAAAAGAAAUGUUAGCCAAUACGAGAGAAUUAUUAAUGACACAAAUAAAGAAGGUGAUUGUGAGCAAACAAGGAUGUCAUUUCCUAAUAGCCGGUGCUUGAAUAGCCUAUCCACUGAAACAGAAGAAUCAUCAUCUUCACUUUUUACAACAGAUCGAGGUCGAAUGACAUUCGAGGAACGAGAAAAACAACUCAUGAAUGAAGUUAGAGAACUCCGUCAACGUUUAGUAUCUCAACAUGUAAGACGGGAUCCUCCACCCACAUUCAAAUAUAAGUAAAUCGAAUCCCAUGUUUAUGUGUUUCUCUAAGAUGCAGAAUAUUUGUUGAUUUUGUAUGAACUAAUAUUUUUGCCAUGAAUCGCUUCAUUUGCGACAAUUCUAACUAUCAGAUGAUAUUGAUUUAUUUUUUUCUAAUAUGUAACUUAGAUAACUUCUUAAAAUUUAAAGUCUUAUCUGUAUUUUGUUGUUUGAAAAUGUCAUUCUCUUAAAUACUCAAGGUAAAUUGGAAUAAAUGGAACUGAGCUCAAUAUUCUGAAAUAUUAAAAAAUUCUGGUAACUGGUAUAUCCAACCUCAGAAAUCGCUUUAUAAUUUCUGUAUUAUUUGAUUUCAUCUUAGAUUAUCAAUAACUUCUUUCAUUUUGUAGACUGGAAUCAAUUUUUUUUUAUUUGUAAUGCUUUUAUGAUAGCAUUGAAUCCGUUUAAUGUAAAUGUUUUAAACUCAAUAUAAAUCUUAUAUUUUCUUUA